CUCCUUACCUUCACCAUUAUCUUCCUCAUGCAACUAAACAAGGCAAACUCAUCAGAUUCCUUUUCCUUCAGCUUCGACAACUUCAAUCAAGAAGAUGGAAGAAACCUAAUCUUCCAAGGUGAUUCAACCAUUUCACCAACCAAGAACACACUCCAUCUCACCAAGGUGAAUAGUCAAGGCAACCCAGCUUCAAACUCCCUUGGAAGAGUCUUGCAAUCAGCAGAACUACAGCUUUGGGACAAACCUACAAACCGACUCUCAGAAUUUGAUUGUCAAUUCAGCUUCCUCCUCAAAUCCCCGGUUUCCGAACCGGCCGACGGCUUGACCUUCUUCAUCGCCCCCUCCAACACCACCGUACCGGCGCUUUCCCCCGGAGCUCUGUUAGGGAUCUUUGAUGCUCAUAGCCAUCUAAAUCCUUCUCUAAACCAAAUUGUUGCCGUUGAGUUCGACACCUUCUCCAAUUAUUGGGAUCCAAGUUACCCGCAUAUUGGAAUCGAUGUCAACACCAUUCAAUCCGUCAAGACUGUGCAAUGGGAGAGGAGAGAGGGUGAAACCGUAAAUGUAUUAGUUUCUUACACUUCUAGAUCUCGAAAGCUAGAGGUCAUUGCAAGUUACUCUAAUGGUCAACGAUUCGAGGUGUCUCAUGUCGUUGACCUAAGGGAUGUGCUUCCAGAAUGGGUUAGGGUUGGAUUCUCAGCUGCAACAGGAGCUCAAUACCAAUCGCAUGAGAUUCUAUCAUGGUCUUUCACUUCAUCCUUGAACUACGUUCAAAUGGAAAUAAAAUGA